AAACCAGCUUAUCUUAUUCCUCUCCCUCAAUGCCAUAAUAAGAACAAGAAGCUCAAUCUUUCUCUUUAAACCCUCUCUCUCUAAGACCCCAAAAAGUUCAACCAAAAAUGUGGCCUCUGCGUGGCCUGAUCUUGGCAGUUUCAGCAUUUCUAGUGCCGGUGUCGGUGGUGUAUAGUGUUAUUCUUCCAUUGGAGAGGGCUUUUCCACUCAACCAUUCACUUCCACUGAGUCAACUCAGAGCUCGAGAUCGUGUCAGGCACCCGAGAAUCUUGCAAGGUGUUACCAGCGGUGUUGUUAACUUCCCAGUUCAAGGCUCCUCUGAUCCAUAUCUAAUUGGUGAUUCAUAUUGGCUUUAUUUUACGAAAGUGAAGUUGGGUUCUCCUUCUAGAGAAUUCAAUGUGCAAAUUGAUACUGGAAGCGACAUUUUGUGGGUUACUUGCAGUACCUGCAGUAAUUGCCCUCAAAUCAGUGGACUCGGAGUUCAGCUCAAUUUUUUCGACGCUUCUAGCUCAUCAACUGCUAGGCCACUUCCCUGUUCAGACCCAUUGUGUUCUUCAGAAAUUCAAACAACAGCAACUGAAUGUCCUCCUCAGAGUAAUCUGUGUGGCUAUUCAUUUCAAUAUGGAGAUGGAAGUGGGACAUCAGGCUCAUAUAUAUAUGAUACAUUGUAUUUUGAUGCUAUUUUGGGGGAGUCAAUGACUGCUAACUCUUCAGCUCUGAUUGUUUUUGGGUGUAGCACCUAUCAGAGUGGGGACUUGACUAAAACAGAUAAAGCAAUUGAUGGGAUAUUUGGAUUUGGCCAAGGGGAUCUGUCAGUCAUAUCACAAUUGUCAUCUCACGGGAUAACACCCAGAGUUUUCUCUCAUUGCCUAAAAGGAGAGGGCAAUGGAGGCGGUAUAUUGGUUCUUGGAGAGAUUUUGGAACCAAGCAUUGUUUAUACUCCGCUGGUGCCAUCAAAGCCUCAUUAUAAUAUAAAUCUGCAGAGCAUUUCUGUCAAUGGAACAUUGUUGCCCAUUGCUCCAGCAGCAUUCGCAGCUUCAAAUAACAGAGAAACUAUUGUUGACUCUGGAACAACUUUAACUUACCUUGUAGAAGAGGCUUUUGAUCCUUUUGUUGAUGCUAUAACUGCAAGUGUUUCACAAACUGUGACUCCCAUUAUGUCGAAAGGAAAACAGUGUUAUCUAGUCUCCACCAGUGUAUCCGAGAUAUUUCCUCUGGUCGGUUUAAAUUUUGAUGGUAGUGCAUCCAUGAUUUUAAAACCAGAAGAGUACCUUUCACAUAUUGGUUUCUAUGAUGGUGCUGCAAUGUGGUGUAUUGGUUUUGAGAAAGUUCAAGGAGGAGUAUCAAUUUUAGGAGAUCUUGUUCUAAAAGAUAAGAUCUUUGUAUAUGAUCUGGCUCGGCAACGUGUUGGAUGGGCUAACUAUGAUUGUUCCUCGUCUGUAAAUGUCUCUAUAACUGUUGGCAAGGAUGAGUUCAUAAAUGCAGGACAGCUCAGUGUGAGUAGCUCAUCAAGAGACAUGCUCUUGAAACUGCUUCCUUUGAGCAUAAUUGCUCUCCUCUUCCACAGCCUGGUGUUCAUGGAGUCCUAAUUUGUGUAAUUUUAAGCUCAGUGAUUCGAUUCGAUUCUUUGUCAUAUAUAUAUUGGCAUGGCCGAUUUUAUUUAUGGUAAUCAGCCAGGCUUCCUGCUGCCAUCCGGAUUUGAUAUAGCUGCUUAAUUCUUCCAAGGUUCUGGUUGCUGGUAAUGGUGCCCGUCUUCUACUGCUGAUUGGAAUUCAGCCUUUUGCUUGCAAAGGAUCCUCCAGCAUGAUCAUUGCCGGAACUGUAAAUUAUGUCUGGUAGGUUAAGUAAUGUACUGUCAAAUUGGGUGACUGGAAGUAUAACAGAACUAAAUUGAUUAUUUUUUAUUGUUGUAGCUACUGUUUCUGGGUUAGCUGGAAAUAUACAAGUUAUAUAUGAUAUCAAAGUUGUAGCUCAGUUUUGUAAUAUUUCUUUAUUUUAGUAAUUCAAAUUGUUCGUUUCUGUAAACAACUUUGAUAAGA